AAUGGCUUCAUAUUGAUAUCAUCGACGAACAACGGGUACUUAAUAAUAAGUGAUCCAUUUCUCUCUCCUCUUUCUCUCUCUCUCUCUCUUGCUUGACUACUGAAAACUCCAUGGCUGUUCUUUCGAGUUCCUUCAUCUCCGUCAGAAAUCCUCAAAUUCAGUUCCUAUCAGGUUCUUCACUGAAUCGAAUUGAUAACUUGGUUGUCAUCCCCAAAUCCCAAAGUAACAUCACGACCUUGAAGUCUAGAAGAGAAUUGACUGUCAGAGCAAGAGAUGGUGGAAGAAGACCAAGUGGUGCUAGCAUCUUUGUUGGUGGGUUUGUAUUGGGAGGGGUUAUAGUUGGAACAUUGGGUUGCAUAUUUGCACCUCAGAUCAGCAAGGCAUUGGCAGAAACUGAUAAGAAAGAUCUCAUGAGAAAGCUGCCAAAAUUUAUAUAUGAUGAAGACAAAGCUUUGGAGAGAACGAGGAAGAUACUUAGUGAGAAGAUCGAGCAGCUGAAUGCUGCCAUUGACAAUGUCUCGACUCAGCUUCGGUCAGAUGAUGAUGAUGAAUCAGCCCCAAAUGGAACUGCGGUAAGUAUCGAUGAACUUGAAGCCUCGAUAUGAUGAAUGAAAAUAAAAUGUUUGUUACAAUUACUAUUUUCCUUAUUUUGAUAAAGACUAUUCCUAAAGGACUUUUGCUGUUUGUUGUGUGUAUACUGUAUACAUGACAUUAACAAUUUGUAUUUGUAUAAUUUAGUUGCUAUAUAAUGUUGACAUAAAUAAAUAAAGUAUUUUGGAAUUCUUGAUGAUA